CUGCUAGGUAUAAGGGCGUACUGAUGGGAAAUGCUUGACUUCCUCGUAUGCAGGUGUUAAGUUAUAGAGGAUGCCUAUCCGUGCCCACUGUACCAUUUGUUCUGACUUCUUUGACAAUGAGAGGGAUGUGGCUGCUAUUCACUGUGGGCACACCUUUCACCAUUUGUGCCUCGUCCAGUGGUUUGACACUGCCCCAAGUCGGACUUGCCCACAGUGCAGAAUUCAGGUUAACAAAAGACACAUCAUCAACAAGCUGUUCUUUGAUGUUGCCCUGGAGGAGCAGUCAGGCCUGGAUGCAGAAAAACUACAGAAUGAACUAGACCGGGUGAAAGCCCAGCUAUCCUUGAAAGUAAAGGAGAAACGGGAUUGCCAAUCUAUUGUGGACUCACUGAGAGAAGCUCUGGAUGUUCGGAACGCCACCAUUGACUCUCUUCAGAAAGCGGCAUCUGACAUGGAAAUGUUGUGUUCUACUCUCAAAAAACAAAUGAAGUAUCUAGAGCAUCAGCAAGAGGACACUAAGAGUGCAAAAGAAGAAGCCCGAAAGCUGCGAAAUAAACUGAAAACUCUGGAGAGGAUUGAGCUGUUACUGCAGGGCCAGCGUCCAGAAGUGGAGGAUAUGAUCCGUGAUAUGGGAACCGGGCAGGCAGCUGUGGAACAGCUUGCAGUCUAUUGUAUUUCACUAAAAAAGGAAUACGAGAACCUGAAGGAGUCUCGGAAAGCAUCAAAUGAGAAAUUGGAGAAGUUGAAAAAGGAAUUGUUUUCUGCAAACCACAAGAUACAGAAAACUGUUCUGGAAUUAGAGAAAACAAAUGAAGAAUUGAAAAGCACCCAGACAGAUCUGAGAAAUGCAGAUAAAGAGAUCAUGAGUCUAAAGAAGAAGAUAGAAAUCCUGCAGGAUACCCUGAAAGUGCCAUCAGUAACCAGUGAAGCACUCAGUCGGCUUGUUUCUGAAAGCCCCGCUCCUGUGGAGCUGCUCAACCCAAAGCUCCAUCGGCCAGCUCACAGUGAUGACAUUGAUCUAAGUGCCACCUUUGAUCUAAAUGCAACCUUUGAUGUGGAGACGCCAAAGCACCACCCUCAGAAGACUGUCCCCGCUCCUGCCAAAAAACUCAAACUGGACAAAAAGUCGGCUUCUGUGACAAAUCUAUCAAGAGUUCUGAAAGCAACAGUAGAGAACUGUUCAGCUGAUGCAGAAGGUGAGCAUCUAGAAGACUUUCUUCCUGCUUUCAUCAGAAAUUCAGUUCUGUCCAAGAGACCACCUGGGAGCAGCCAGCUGAUGCCACAGAGGAACACAGGAAUAGUGAGAAUGGGCUAUGACGGCCUAGGAGGCAGAACCAAGUUCAUACAGCCCAGUAUCCCUGCAGAGAUUCGCCCGCUGCCUGUGAAGGGCAAGAAAAAGAAUGUUUCGAAGCAAACAAUAGCAGCAGCUUCUGCUUCUGGCAUCAGUCAACCUAAACUAGACUACUUCCUUAAGUAACCGUGGAUUUCUUUAGCAGAAAAGGCG